AUGAACAUUCAAAGCUCUGUUCAGUUUUCUGCAUCAAAACUAUCUGCAAUUUUCCUCCCAAUAUUGGUUGAUCCUUCCCUCAUCGCUAGCAAGGUCGUCACUACAAUGUCGUCUAUGAAAGCAAACAUGCCUUCUUCAACACGCGAGGAGCAUGAGCUCACUGUCAACAUCAACCUCUCAACCAUCCCAACCACUCCCCUCUCCCCUCCUGUUUAUCCCCACCGAAGCAGCCAUCAAACCCUAGCCCCUCUCCAUCCUCGUGCCGCCGCCCCCUCCCUUUUCCCUCGACCACGCAAACGAGCGAGGCGAAAAUUUCACAGAAAACACCGAACACCUCCGCCGCAGCAUCACCGUCGCCCCGUCGUCUCCGACCACCUCUCGCCGAACCAAGGCCACCACGAGCUUCUCCUCAUCACGCUGAAGCUCCUCGACACACGCGCGCAACAAAUCGAGUUUGAAAUCGACGACAAGGAUCACUUCUCCAUCUCCGCCGCCGGCAGAAAUCUCGUGUUUCCGGCCGCCUCCGACCUCGUCCGCCACCGACGAGGUGUUCAUCAGCUUUCUGGUGAGAUGGCGGCCCUUUCCCCUCUCUUCCCCAGCUUGUUUGCUCUCUGUUUGGUUUCGCCUAAUUCUGACGAAACUGUCGCCUUUGUUUUGCACGAGUUCAUCUCCGCCAUGGCCGACGACAGGCCUCAGCGCCGCACGCGCUCGUUCCUGCCGGCCUUCUUCCCGGUAGUCGACCACGUCUUCUCUGCUCUGGUCGCAUCAUUCCCGUUCUCGCAUUUGCUUCUUCCCGGAUAGGAUCGCGAAGUGGUGAUGUGAGAUCCGAC